AUGUCGACCUCAUUGCUGGUGCACAACCUGCACUGCCCUUCCUGCGUCUCGCACGUGACGACGCUGCUCUCCUCCGCUCCGCUCUUGCUCGACCCCGGCUACAUCACCGUCUCGCUGCUGACUCGCCUCGUCACUUAUCGUCCCCGCUCUGGUACGCGCCAGGCUGAUGUGGUAAAUGUGCUUCGAGAGGGAGGAUUCCAAGUCGAACCGGGUCCCUUGAACUCAACCCCGACCUCGACAUCGGCCGCUCCAUCUUCCUCCCCGUCGUCGGCAGCUUCACCCGGCGCUGUGCCCGACCCAACCGGAGCCGACCGGAUCGAGCGCCGGCCGGAAGAUGCGUGGUACAUCUCACGAAGCAAGCGAAGGCAGAGAGAAGCGCAGCACCAAGAGGAGCAGCGCAGAAGGGAGCAAGUGCAUCGCCAAUCCUGUCGAGCCUGUCGUGGCGAACUUUCUCCGACACCGUCCAAACUCGGAGAAGGAGAUAUCGGCAAGGGCAAAGCCAAGGAGGAAUGCGUCGUACCCUUCAACUCGCUCGCAAAUGUUGUCAAUUCGACGUUUGUCGUCUCUGGAAUGACGUGCGCAAGCUGCGUCAAUGGUUUGCAGUCGGCCCUCUCCCAGAACCCGAGGAUCAAGUCCCAGCAAGUCACGCUGCUGCCGAAUCAAGCCGUGGUGUCGCACGACCCUGCGCUCUCCGUAGACCACGUCAGGGGGAUGAUCGAGGAUGCUGGAUUCGAUGCCGAGCUCGUCGAGAGCGUCAAUGUGGCCGACACUCGAGGCAAGGGCGUAAGCGAAAAGUCGGAUCAGGCAAAUUCGGGAUGGUACGAGUCGAAGUUCGUGAUUGAAGGCAUGACUUGCGCGUGAGUUCCUUUCGUUUACGAAGCAAGCAAAUGGUGCUGACCACGUCUUGGUGAUCAGGUCCUGCGUACAAUCGCUCAAUGGCCUCUUUGAACAACCGACACCGGGUUUACGUUCCGCUCAAGUGACCCUGCUUCCCGCCCUCGCGACCGUCGUUCACGACCCAAACGUCCUUCCCACCGAUGUUCUGAUCGAGAUGAUCGAAGAUCGAGGGUACGGUGCCGAGCUAUUGUCCUCAGUCCCGGUGCAUGGCGCAAAGGGCGCUGGUGCCGAUAUUCAAAUGAGAACGGUCAAACUGCGUGUCGAGGGUAUGUUUUGCAGGUCAGUCGGCAGCUGGCUCGAGAGGCCAUCCGAGUGUUCUGACCAAAAUUCUUGGGCCAUCCACAGCAAAUGCUCGAUGGCCAUCAACACAUAUCUGGACUCGCUGCAGACGGCGGGGACGAUCAUCAGCUUCGACCCUUGUUCGAUGGCAUCGCCGGCCUUGAGCCUGACGUAUGUGCCUCAGCCGCCUCAUGGUUUCACGUUGCGCACUCUACGUUCUUCGAUCGAGUCGUUCGGACCUUUCACGCUCCACCCGGUGCACACCUCAUCGGUCCUGACCUUGCUCGCUCGUCAAGCCCAAGCUCGCGAGUCCCGCUUGAUCCUGUUACGACUCUGCAUCACCGUCCUCUUUGCAAUUCCGGCUUUCAUCAUCGGUAUUGUAUUUGUAUCACUGCUGCCCUCGUCGAAGUCUCUUCGGCGCUACUUUGAAGAGCCUUUGUGGGGGUCCGCGUCUCGCGCGAUGGUCGUUCUGUUCAUUCUCGCAACACCCGUGCAGUUUGGCGUCGGAUUCUUCUUCUAUCAACGCGCGUGGCAUAGCUUGCGAGGCGUAUGGAGGAGGGGAGGAUGGCGGGAAAAGUUAUUGAGAUGGGGUAGCAUGGACACGCUUGUCGCUCUGGGGACCACGGGGGGCUACGCCGCUUCGGUCGCUUUUCUGACGAUCGAGGUGAGGACGCAGCCUAGUGAGACGAUGGGAGCGAGCAUGGAGAUGGGUUACUUUGAUUCAUCGGUUCGUUAUAGGUCCAUCGCUCCGUCAUUUCCACGAGCCGUCGCUUACUCUUUUUCGUUAUAUCAUCCUUUCAGAUUUUCCUCAUGAUGUUCAUUCUACUCGGUCGCUACCUCGAAGGGAUCAGUCGUCAACGCACCGGUGACGCGAUCGAUGGGCUGGCCAACAUGAAGGCCUCCACAGGAUUACUUUACAGUGGUUCGCUCGCAUCGCACGCCGCACAUGUGGACGCGAUCGGUGACGAAGAUAACAAGUCUACCUCCGAGGCCGACUUGGACGCCGCGGCCCAAGGCUCGUCGAUCACCCAUGAGCUCGAGGUGGACUAUUUCGAGAUCGACGAUAUUCUCCUCGUACCUUCUGGGUCCUCCGUCCCUCUCGAUGCGGUGGUUCUCCCUAAUUCUUCGUCAUCCAAUUUUGAUGAAUCGUCGCUCACAGGCGAAUCACUCCCUAUUCUGAAACAAUCGGGUGAUGCGGUCUUUGCCGGAACGACGAAUCUGGGCCCUUCGGCGGUGCUCGUGCGAGCGACCUCGAACGCUGGCUCGACGAUGCUCGAUGGGAUCGUUCAAGUAGUCCGCGAUGCGAUGGGCAAGAAGGCCACGGUCGAAAAGCUCGCGGAUCUGAUCACGGGCAUCUUCGUCCCCUGCAUCGUGGCCAUUGCGGUCGUCACUUUCUCAAUCUGGGUCAUCCGAGGGUAUUCGGGCAACUUGUCGAAGAAUUGGCUCGAUCAAGCCGAACGAAGCUCGGGGGGUUGGAGUUUGUUCGCCGUUCAAUUCGCUGUCGCCGUUCUCGUCGUAGCUUGCCCAUGUGGUAUUGGACUCGCGGCACCGACCGCUCAGAUGGUUGGGACAGGGAUGGCCGCUCGACUCGGGAUCGUUCCAUUCGGAGGAGGGGAGGCGUUCCAGAAUGCGACCAAGAUCGAAGCGGUUUGUUUCGACAAGACCGGAACGUUAACCAAGGGCGAAUUCACCGUAGCGCUUCAUCGCUUCUAUGCUGUCAAGGAGCUCGAGUGCGAUCGAGCAACCUCCAUGAGGAUCGUCAAACUCGUGGAAGAGGCGUCGACGCAUCCGAUUUCGAUCGGAGUGCGCGAGUUCUGCACCAAGCAGCUCGGCAUCAGCGAAGAACCCACAGCUCCGGUAUCGGUGGCGCUUAUUCAUUCCGAGGAGAUUGCAGGAAGAGGUCUCAAGGCGAUGGUCAACGUUUGUACUUCGUCUUUGGAAGUUCUCAUCGGAAACUCGACCUUGCUGUCCGAGCACGGGCUCGACCUCGACCACGACACGAUUGCCCUUUCUGACGGUUGGGCCAAUGAUGGUUGCUCGAUCGUCUUUGUCGCUGUGCGAACCAAGCAGCCGACUCAAACAUUGCCCGAGGGAAGCUUUCAGUUACUAGCUGCAUUUGGAGUCCAGGACCAACCCCGAGAGGAAGCCCGACUCGUCAUCUCUGCGCUCGAGAAGAAGGGCAUCGCAGUCUUCUUGUGCAGUGGAGAUCACGAACGUACGGUUCGCGCCGUCGCUCGCUCCGUCGGAAUUGCUGACGGAUGCGUCUUUGCCCAAGUACUACCACUCGAGAAAGCCAAGGUCGUUGAGCGACUGCAAUUGGGGCUGGCGAGGACCCGUAUUGAAGAAUUGAAGCGAGCUCGGCGCAGCACUGGGUGGAGGAGGCUGCUCAGCCCUAGUCGGCGCGAUACGGUCGGGGCCAAAGUCGCUUUCGUCGGUGACGGUAUCAACGAUGUCGUAGCACUCGCACAAGCAGACGUUGGGAUUUCGAUGGGCACCGGAUCGUCGAUCACUCUCUCCUCGUCCGAAUUUUGUUUGCUCAGCUCGAACCUGUCCGCGCUAUUGACCUUGUUUGCUCUUUCGAAAGCAACAAUCAACAAGAGUUGAGUCCCGUUCUAUACCGAAGAGGCAAAGCACGGGCUAACGGCCAAGUUCAUGACAGUUCUUACCAAUUUCGCUUGGGCCUGCCUCUUCAACGGCUGCUUGGUACCCAUCGCGGCUGGCGCUUUCUACGAUCUUGGAAGGACGCGCCUUCCACCCGUCUGGGCGAGUCUCGCCAUGGCACUCUCCAGCAUCUCGGUUGUCGUCAACUCGUUAUUGCUCCGGUGGACGUUCAGGGUUCCCAAGGAAGUUCGAGAUAUGGUUAGGAACUGA